AUGGUUGAGGAAUCGAAGGUUAAGUUGAAGAAGGCUGGAGAGGCAAAAUAUGAGGUACAGGCGGGUGAUGCAGCCAAGCUGGGCGAGGACGGCGUGCCGGGCAAGUGGGGGUCGCAGGCGUGCUCCACGCCGCUGCUGGUGCAGCAGGCCACCAAGGCGCUGCAGGCGGCGUCGGCGGGCGCGUCGGCGGCCGGGCAGCAGGGCGGGCCGCCCCAGCACCACGGCGCCACCGCCGCCUCGGCCGCCGUCAACAACACGCACGCCGCGCUCACCCACUCGCACCACCACCACCACCACCACGCCGCGGCGGCGCUCGCGUCGCCCUUCUCGUCGCUGCUGGGCGCGGCGGCGGCCGGCGGUGGCCCGGCCAGUUACCUGCUGGGCGGGCCCGGCGACCCGCUCACCCUCAACAAGGCCACCGCCAACCACCUGUUCUGA